ACAUAAUACUCUAUCAACAAAAAUCAGUAAAUAAUGUCUAACAAAAAGUUUACCGUGCUAUUUGUGCCUUUUCCGUUUGAGGGUCAGGUGUACGGCAGCGUAGGUAUGGCCGAGAUAUUGCGCGACACCGGGCGAUACAACUGUGUGUUUGCGGUGAACGGCGUUUGGAAAGCACUGCUCGAGUCCAUGGGAUUUGACGUCAAACUUAUGGAAAGUGUGGUCUUUAAUGAUGCCAUAAAGGACUCGCCGGACAGCAGUCUAAUGGACCCCAAAAAUACAAAAACAUUUGUUAAGCCUCUGGAACCGACCUCUCGUUUGCAUACAUUGUUUUUGAAGUACUUUAUACGAGAAGCCAAAGAAACGGAUCCAUACCUGAAGACUAUUAUCGGGGAUCUGAAGCCAGACCUUAUAAUAUUGGAUCAUUUUAUCAAUUAUCCAUCGAUUGUGAAAUCAGGUAUACCCUGGAUAUUCAGUUGUAAUGAUAGUGCCCUAUCACUGGAUUUGGGUUAUCCUGAUAAACGGCUACCUCCAUCCUAUUUAGGAUUGCCGACAAAUACUGAGACAGAAGUAAAGGAGAAAUACAGACAACAACUUUGGGAAAGAAAUAUUGAUUUGUGGUAUAAAUAUAGGGAUGAACUCAUGGCUAUAGGAUGUCCACCACUAUAUGAGUUCCAAUACUGGAGCCCAUCCCCAUAUGUUUGGAAAGCACUGCUCGAGUCCAUGGGAUUUGACGUCAAACUUAUGGAAAGUGUGGUCUUUAAUGAUGCCAUAAAGGACUCGCCGGACAGCAGUCUAAUGGACCCCAAAAAUACAAAAACAUUUGUUAAGCCUCUGGAACCGACCUCUCGUUUGCAUACUUUGUUUUUGAAGUAUUUUAUACGAGAAGCCAAAGAAACGGAUCCAUACCUGAAGACUAUUAUCGGGGACCUGAAGCCAGACCUUAUAAUAUUGGAUCAUUUCAUCAAUUAUCCAUCGAUUGUGAAAUCAGGUAUACCCUGGAUAUUCAGUUGUAAUGAUAGUGCCCUAUCACUGGAUUUGGGUUACCCUGAUAAACGGCUACCACCAUCCUAUUUAGGAUUGCCGACAAAUACUGAGAGAGAAAUGAAGGAGAAAUACAGACAACAACUUUGGGAAAGAAAUAUUGAUUUGUGGUAUAAAUAUAGGGAUGAACUCAUGGCUAUAGGAUGUCCACCACUAUAUGAGUUCCAAUACUGGAGCCCAUCCCCAUACGCUAACUUCUAUUUAGUCCCUAAGGAACUGGAUUAUACGGAUGUCCGACCACUUCCCGACACUUUUCAUGGAUUUGAUUGUUAUAAAAGCAGUGGAAAUGAAGAUUUGAUUGAAAUACCGGAUAAUCUUAAGAAUAGAGAUGUAGAGCUCAUGAAGAGAUUGGUUGCGAUUUUGUCCAAAUCUAAGCACCGGUUCAUUGUCUCCAAGGGCUACAGACAUACUGAAUACGAAUUGGCGGACAAUAUGUGGGGCGAGAGGUCUGUCCCUUCGCAUAAAGUGUUGCCAAUCAUAGAUCUGAUUAUAACCAGUGGUCACAACAAUAAUGUGUCGGAAACCAUGUAUUUCGGGAAACCUAUGAUAGUUAUGCCCGUUUGGUUGGACCAGUUGGAUGCCGCUCAGAGGGUUGCUGAGAAGGGGCUGGGAGUUCGACUGAAUCCCUACGAGUGCUCUGAAAAUGAAUUAUUGGAUUCAAUCGACAGCGUAUUGAACGACAAAAUAUUGGCUCAAAAGUUGGCAAAAGGUCAGGUGCACGGCAGCGUAGGUAUGGCCGAGAUAUUGCGCGACACCGGGCGAUACAACUGUGUGUUUGCGGUGAACGGUGUUUGGAAAGCACUGCUCGAGUCCAAGGGAUUUGACGUCAAACUUAUGGAAAGUGUUGACUUCAAUGAUGCCAUAAAGGACUCGCUGGACAGCAGUCUAAUGGACCCAAAAAAUACAAAAACAUUUGCUAAGUCUCUGGAACCGACCUCUCGUAUAAAUACAUUGUUUUUGAAGUAUUUUAUUAGAGAAGCCAAAGAAACGGAUCCAUACGUGAAGACUAUAAUCGAGGACCUGAAGCCAGACCUUAUAAUAUCGGAUCAUUUUAUCAAUUAUCCAUCGAUUGUGAAAUCAGGUAUACCCUGGAUAUUCAGUUGGAAUGAUAGCGCACUAUCACUGGAUUUGGGUUAUCCUGAUAAACGGCUACCACCAUCCUAUUUAGGAUUGCCGACAAAUACUGAGAGAGAAAUGAAGGAGAAAUACAGACAACAACUUUGGGAAAGAAAUAUUGAUUUGUGGUAUAAAUAUAGGGAUGAACUCAUGGCUAUAGGAUGUCCACCACUAUAUGAGUUCCAGUACUGGAGCCCAUCCCCUUAUGCUAACUUCUAUUUGGCCCCUAAGGAACUGGAUUAUACGGACAUCAGACCACUUCCCGACACUUUCCAUGGAUUUGAUUGUUUCAAACGCAGUGGAAGUGAAGACACUUUAGAAAUACCGGAUAAUCUUAAGAAUAGAGAUGUAGAGCUCAUGAAGAGAUUGGUUGCGAUUUUGUCCAAAUCUAAGCACCGGUUCAUUGUCUCCAAAGGUCUCAAACAUAAUGAAUAUGAAUUGGCGGACAAUAUGUGGGGUAACCAUAAGCCAUUCAAUGCUCCGAAGAGGCGA